AUGAGGUGCAGUUUCAACUUGCAAUGUCUCUUCCUCACUCUCCUCAUUAUCGGUUGUCAAACUAAUGAUUUGGUGAAAAAAUCUGAAGUUGAAUCUGAUAACAUCAAAGACCUUUUAAACAAAAAACCCGACGAGCAUAAGUUUCACGCGAAAAUUAAGGACAAUGGAAAAACAAUUGACUUGAGCGACAAAUCGUUAAGCAAGUCAUGGUCUAUUAGACCUCCUCUUACAAAGAACGAUGGUAGAAGACGACGGUCUAGGUUAUUAUUGCUGAAUUUUUCAGAAAUUUAUAAGAAAGAUAACAAGGUUGCCUCUGCGGAAAGUUUUUCCAGCACUUCACCCCAGGCUGUCAUGUUAUUUCAAUUAUCGAGUACAUUAUUAGAGAUAAUUUUAAUUUUCAAUUAUCUAAUUAAAAAUAAACUUGCUGAGAAAAAUUGUUUAACGGAAACACCAUUUGUGCUGCCAGUUCCUGAGCCAGAGCCUGAAGAAGAACAACCAGUCAAGUCUGAAGAACCUCCAACUGAAGGGCCAGGACAAAUGAAUGAACUGCCGACACUUAGCGAAGGACCAUUAGAAAGUAAAAAAAUUGGCGUAAUGAAAUGA